AUGAGUAACCCAAAUGUAACCGGCGAAAAGGUGGCCUUUUUUUUGGCCGGAGAAAUAUCCGAACGUUUCAUUAUUUACGCACCCAUCGAUGAGGUAGUCACUCGUCCCGUAACAUGCUAUCAGGUAACGGCUCUAACUGGUCUAUAGGAUCAUCAUUAGAUGUUCAAUGAAGCAUAUCCAACGAAACCGAUCUACAUGAUGGUCACAACAGGAGAUAACAACUUCGACGAGGGACAACGAAUGGUUCAGAAACAGAUCUCCGUCCUUCAGAGGGCAGACAAGAAGUCAAAACAUAUCCCAGAACUACUUUUGCAUGGAACUAUACCAGCCGUAAAAAAUUAACUCAUUUUCAUUUAUACUUUCAGUUGUGUUAUACCGAGGACGGCCGUAUAAAAGAAGAACCUUCACCGGAUAUUACAAAUAGAUCAAUUUGCAUAUUCAGCCAUGAGACCCAUCCCAUAGCCGAGUUCAGAGCAUUCAGUGAAAAAGGGUACAUUAAGGACUUAAUAUUAUCAAUUAUUUCCUGCAGAUAUCUCCCGCCACUCAUAGCACUGGUUGUUGGAUACGGUAUGAUCCGAGCUCUGGCUUCUUUGCACCGUCUCGGCUUUGUCCAUCGUGGAGUUUCCCCUUACACAUUUGGUUACAAGAUCCCGAUCACAAUCGCCCGAUUGCAGCAUGAAAUUGUAAUUAUCGACUUCUGUUCUGUAUUACCAUUCCCGUCAGAGUAAGGAACUACCGUAAUAUUACAUCGCUUAGACCUCGACUGCACGCUCCUUUUACGGGGACAUUGAGGUAUUCUUCAUUGAAUUCUCAUCGUGGAAAAGACUUGGGACCCGCAGAUGAUAUCGUUUCCGUUAUCUUUGUCAUAGCUGAACUGAUUUACGGAAAGUGAGUCUAUACAAGAUAACAAACACCCGUUCAGACUACCCUGGCGGUCCAUCUGCAUGUCCGAAGCAAUCGCCGAAGCAAAACUUAGGUUCCCGUCAUCCCUCUGCUUCAACCACCUCCCUCGAGAAAUCCGGUUUCUAUACUAGUACGUGACUAAACAGCCUGAUUUAUCUCAAUUUAGUGACAUGAUGAAGAAAUUAAACACCAGCCCCCUCAAUUAUCUGCAAAUCCUCAAGACAUUCCAAGAAGCCAUACGCAGAUACUCCUACCAAGCUAAACAUCUCCCCCAUUUCAUGCGGUGA